GACGAGAAGAAGCCAGAAAGAAAUGAAGAGAAGAAGGAAACCUUAGAGGGACUGCCGAUGAAGGACAGCCCUUAGCUGAAGCCCAAAGAUUUGGAGGAUUACAAGCGUCAAGGAUAUGGGACUGAAGGCCAUCAAGAACCCAAGCCUGGCCACGGUGCAGCUGGCUCCACCGACGCCCCCACUCUCUCCGGCGCCUCUCUUUCCUCCGAGCGAGAAUUUUCUUCCACUGAUGCCAUUAACCGUCAAGGAGUCCCCUAAAUCUCAUAGCGAGGGCAAGGCCCAAAACGGAGCUAAUGGAUCCAUCUUUCAGGUGAUUGCUAUGGUCUGGGUUUCUUCUCCUCAUGUAGAUCCCACUCACACACCCCAAUUUGUAUUUGGAUACACUAUUAAGCCUUUUGUGGUUUUCACAUUCCUAGCCAUGAAGCUGGUUUUCACACAUGACGAUGAAGAGAGACGAGAGUGCUCAAGGUCUGAGGCAGAAGAGGAGGAAGAUGAAGACGUUGACGUAGAAGCAUUGUCGCUGUGUGAUUUACCAGUCAAUUUCAUCGUGGAUGAGAAGCAAUGUUCCACGGAGAACAAAGAUAUAAUCAAAACAGAGGAAGAUUUCGAUUUCGGCUCAUGGGGUGGGACUCCUUCGGCAGAGAUGUGUGCCGCGGAUGAGGUUUUCUUCAAAGGCCAAAUUCUACCUCUACGUCUCUCAUUUAGUUCUGACAGUGGGUUCACCGGGUUCCAAUACGACAGCCGGAACCCAGGGCAGUCCAUAUCCAGGUCUGAGUCCAUGGACCAUGGGUCGGUAAGUAGGCUCACGAAUCUUAGUAGCAGAAGCAGUAGUUCUGGAAGCCACAUUUCAUCGAGUAGUAGGAGUUCUAUUACUAAUAUCACCAGAAAUUCCAAUUCCAACCCAUCCAGGAUCAGCAACAACUUUCAUCCGCACCCGAGUCCCGAACCCCAGAUUACAGUCUCCAAAUCUCAACCGAGAAAUGUCAGUAGUAGAACUCAGAGAUUACCGGUGUGGGAUUUUUUUAGAGCAGGUUUGGUUCGUCCUCCAGAAAUCGAAUUUCAAGACCUCAAACACCGCAAUAGCCAAACUAAACAGACGAGAACCCCCGUCAGCCGUAAUAGCAGUUGCAGCAGUAGCAACAGCAGCUCCGACGUUAAGAUAAAGAAUUCGAACCAACCACGUGGGUUCUUCAGUGGGUGCAAGCAGUGUUCAGUCGGCGCAGUGACAACGGUGCCGAACAACAUCGUCGUCAAAAAAAGCAGCAAGAACGAGGAGGAAGAGAAACCUUUUCUGGAGGUGAAAGUGAAAAAGAAAACGAAAGAAAGUGAAAAGCACAAGGGAAAGCAGGCUUUGUCACGGCGGAGAACAUAUGAAUGGUUAAAGGAGCUUUCACACUCACAUGAUGCAGAUGCAUGAUGAGUAGUCCUGAAACUCAAAACUCAUGAAGGAAUUAACAAUAUAAUGCCCGCAUGCUUCUUUUCUCUAUUCCUUCAUCAUCAUCGUCUUCCUUUUUUAGCACUUUGUUUAUUUGCUUUGGAUUGUCAAUUAUGUACUGAGUAUUUUAAUUCUUAAUUAGUAUAUCUUAACUAAUAAAAUCAUAUCGCUAUA